AUGGCGAUGCGCAUAGCAACAGUUCCAAAGACACAUGAAGAUCAAGUUUAUUUGUGUCGAUAUGAAGAUGAUCAUCACUUGAUUUUGAUGUUGAAAGAUGGUGACAGGAUAAGGGUAGCAAUGAGGGACCCUCCAUAUGUUAAGGGGGUUGAGCUCAAGAAGUUUGGGACUCAUUUGGUUUUCGAAAAUGAUGAUGACUUUGAUGGAGAUGAAGAUAAUUUGGAUGAAAGUCAACAAUCUGUAUCGGGGAAAUUAACAAGCUUUAUCAGAUUCUCUAAAGCAAAUAAUCAUACCUCGGACUCGAGUCAUUGA